CAAUCACAGUUGGUCACCGCAGCUGCGUCGCUGUUCGAUGACGUAACAAGUCCGCUGAAGCCCUCCAUUGCAUGUGCGACUGUGUAUAUGAAACAUGGCUACUGUACAAGUGAGUGAAGCAGAGAAGGUGUAUAUAAUGCACGGAGUUCGGGAUGAUCUACGGGUUGAUGGAAGGGGAUGUGAGGACUACAGACACAUGGAGAUCGAAACCGACGUGGUGUCAAAUACAGACGGGUCUGCAAAAGUCACACUGGGGCACACAGCUAUCCUUGUGGGGAUAAAGGCAGAAAUCAGAAAGCCCAGGCCAAUGGUGCCAGAUGAAGGUUAUCUGGAGUUUUUUGUUGAUUGCUCUGCAAACGCUACUCCAGAGUUUGAGGGCCGUGGUGGGGAGGAGCUGGGGACUGAACUGAGCAACACUCUGUACAAAGUGUUCAACAACAGGAACAGCAUUGAUCUACGGACACUCUGCAUUAGCCCGGGAGAACACUGCUGGGUGCUGUACGUCGAUGUACUGUUGCUUCAGUGUGAUGGAAACCUGUUCGAUGCUAUCUCCGUGGCAGUUAAGGCAGCGCUCUUCAAUACACGAAUCUCUAAAGUGCACAUCUCAGAGGAUGAGGAAGGAGGCAAAGAGAUUGAGCUGUCAGAUGACCCCUAUGACUGCAUGAGGCUAAACGUGGAAAACGUGCCCUGCAUUGUGACUCUGUGCAAGGUGGGUCACAGACAUGUGGUGGACGCAACACUGCUGGAGAAGGCUUGCUCGGUGGCCAGCCUCUUGAUCUCAGUCACGCACCGGGGGACAGUCACCUGCGUCAGGAAGGUGGGAGGGGGAAGCCUGGACCCUGAGAGUAUUUUCGAGAUGAUGGAGACAGGGAAGCGGGUGGGCAAGGCACUCCAUGCGCCUCUCAUGGAGGUCCUACAGAAGGAGGAAAGCCUGGGCAAUAAGAGACAGAAAGUGGGCUUCCUUGGAUGAGUUUCCCAUUUCGCUGUUUUUGUACCUGUAGCCUUUUCUAAUAAAGUUGUUUUUGUUUCUUUA